GGGACGCUGGCCUUGGAUCUGCGUUGGAGUCGCGGUGGCACCGGCGCGCACCAUGGAGGCUGAGGCUCGCGAGGAGGCCGUUCUGGUGGCGAAGCUCCGGGACAGCCGCCGCCGCUUCCAGAGGCGCAUGCAGCAGCUCAUAGAGAAGUACAACCGACCCUUCGAGGAUGCCCCGCUGGUGCAGAUGGCCACGCUGACCUACGAGACACCCCAGGGAUUGAGAAUUUGGGGUGGAGGAUGGAUAAAGGAAAUGGACACAGCACAAAUCCAGGAAUCCCUCGUGGAGCCAGUCGAUAGGAUGGAUGGACCCCUGCAAGCUACAGGUAAAGAUUUGCAAAGCAGUGAUGUUGAUGCAACUUUAGACCUGGAAGAUCCGGUGGCUGGGGCCAUAAAGCCUGCAGUGCCCCAGAGCCCUUCAAGAAGUGAAAUAAGAAGGAAAUACCUGGCCCAGGUGGAUGUGCUGCGAGGAGAUGGGAGUUAUCUAGAGUGCACGGAAAACAGAAGUGGGGAGGACACCCAUUUGACCCUGAGCCCUUCCCUGGCCUCGCCUGCUGAGCCUGCCCUAGCAGGAUACCCUGGUUAUGUCUCUGAAAAGGGUCUCAGUCGCCCAGUUGAAUCAGCUUCGUCUCUCAGAGAGCCUGAGCCUUCCCAUCCUUGUUCGGGAGACCUGGCAGUGGUGCCUAGAAACGACAGUCUCUGGUCACCAGGGACCAGUGGCAGCAGCUUCUUGAGCAGCCAGUCCUUGGAGGCUGAGGACCUGUGCGAUGUGACAGUCAGUGACCUGUACACAGGCAUGCUGCACUCCAUGAGCCGGCUGUUGAGUGCAAAGCCGUCGUGCACAAUCUCCACCAAAACUUCCAUCGUCCAGACCUGGAACUCCAGGUGGAGGCACAAGUGGAAGAGCAGAAUGCACAAGACAUAUUGCAGAGGCAGCAGACAGUCUCAGAGGAGCUCUCAGAAGAGAGGUUUGCCCUGUGCUGAGCCUGCAAAGGAGGUAAAAAUACUGAGAGAUGCCGGGAACUUACUAAAUGCUUCUUCCCCUCAGACAGGCGUAGAAGUAGAGAAAGCACUUCUUGAAGUAAACAAACUGCAGAUCCCUAAAUCAGAUCCAAGUUGGAAGGUGCUUAGAGUGAUACCGCAAAAAUACUCUUCAUCGACUUACUUAGACUUUAGCACAAGGCAUCAUGAUGAUCAAGAAAAUAGAUUGAUGACAUUGAAAUGGUUGAUUUCUCCAGUAAAAAUUGUUUCCAAACCAAGCACACACCACGGCCACAGAGGGAAUCGUUAUAGGGAAAUUGAAAUCAAAUUUGAUAAACUUCAUCAGGAAUGUUGCCUAAAUCCUGGGAAACAGCCUUCCCUGCCUUACCUCCCCGGCUCCUGGGCCGUGGACAUGUACGGGGGUGGAUCUGGGGACUCAGAAACCCACAGGCUGAGUAUAACUUUCCCAAAAAGGAUAAAUAAAUCUUUAGAAAACCUGGGGAAAAGAUCUCUUGGAGGGGAUGGGUUCCUACCGAAGAGUAGCUCCAGUUCUCCCCUUUCCAAGACCGAUGCAGCCCAGAGCCCCAGCCACCUUGACCUGACGCCUGACAGUCUGUUUCAAGGCAGCAAUCCUGGAAUAUUCAGACAGUUGCUAUCACCCAGCAAAACUUUUUCAAAUCCAGGGAUACAACGCCUAGGCCACGGAAGGAAUCGUUACGAUGAAAUUAAAGAAAAUUUUGACAAGCUUCAUCAAAAGUACUGUCGGAAAUCACCUCAGCAGACGGAGUCUUCAUUUACUGGGCAGUUUCUAAAUAAAGCAAAUGCAGAAAUUCAGUGUAAAAAAGGCAACUUCUUAGGAAAAUUCAAUCUCGAGCUUUGCCUCCAGGGGCCUCCAAAGUUAUCACCACUGCAUUGGAGCAUAAGAAGUCCAUUGGGCCCAACUCCAGCUGAGGUUCUUCCAUUCACGUGCGUUGCUCCGGCGGGCAGCAGGGACCGCCAGUCGCCUGCAAAGAGACGCAGGUUGUCAGACCCUCUGGUGUGCAGACGGGGGGCCAGUUCCUGGAACCCCUCCGGUGCCGUGGGCGGAGCCAUCCCGAGACCAGGGCAGGAGGAGGGUUGCCCUUCACGGCUGGACUGGGAAGAGAAGAAGGUGCGUUUCUGUUUUAUUUCAGUGGCUGCUGUAGGAAAGAAGAAGCCCUUUUUCAGGAUGGAAAAGAAAAUGAUUUCGUGUUAGAAUAUUUCAAAGCCAAACAUCUAUAAUCAGAGUCAACUGGUUGCCUCCCGGAUGUCAGCGUUUCCUUCCCCCCAGGUCUGUACUCUGGGCCCCCCUUACCUGUGACUCAGCGGGGAUGGCACACACUGCUUGAAACCGAAAAGCUGGCUCGGGCUCAACCACGGGCACAGUGGCCCCGCAGUUCCUCUAGAACUUGCCCUCGUGCCUGCAGCCUCCUCGGAAGACAGCCCAUCCUGCCCUUUCAUCAGGAGAACUUUCAUCCUUGCCCCACUCAGCUGGUGCGGGCCUUGCCACUUCCUCGUGCCCAGCAGACCUGCCCUGAAUUCUCACUGGCCAGGCCAGGAGAAGAUGGAGCACUGAGCACUCAAUUUUCCAUCCUCCCGUGGAGGAAGGUGAGAUAGAAGGAUGUUGGGAUAGGUGUCGUUCAAUUUACAGAAUCUGCCAAUAAAGGACCCUAAACUACUUAGGGUGUGGUCUUUAA